CUUGUCCCGUUCCACCUUCAGCCAUUUUAACAAUGUUGGGUGCUGUGGGACGCUGCUGCACCGGGGCUUUGCAGGCUCUCAAGCCCGGGGUGACCCCCCUGAAGGCUCUCAAAGGAGCUCCGGCACUGUUUUCUCGCAGGGAUUAUGCUGCUCCAGCCGCAGCUGCUGCCGUCGCCAGCGGGCGUAUCGUCGCCGUCAUCGGUGCCGUCGUAGACGUCCAGUUCGACGAGGAUCUGCCCCCCAUUCUCAAUGCCCUGGAGGUGGCCGGCCGUGACUCCAGGCUAGUCCUGGAGGUGGCUCAACAUCUUGGGGAGAACACUGUCCGCACCAUUGCUAUGGACGGUACUGAAGGACUGGUGCGUGGUCAGAAGGUUCUUGACACUGGUGCGCCCAUCAGAAUCCCUGUGGGACCCGAGACGCUUGGCAGGAUCAUGAAUGUCAUUGGUGAGCCCAUUGAUGAGAGAGGACCAAUUUCCACAAAACAGACUGCCCCCAUCCACGCUGAGGCCCCAGAAUUUGUUGAAAUGAGUGUCGAGCAGGAGAUUCUGGUCACAGGAAUCAAGGUCGUGGACCUGCUGGCCCCCUAUGCCAAGGGUGGCAAGAUUGGUCUCUUUGGUGGUGCUGGUGUGGGCAAGACCGUAUUGAUUAUGGAGCUGAUCAACAAUGUGGCCAAGGCUCACGGUGGUUACUCCGUGUUUGCUGGUGUGGGAGAGAGAACCCGUGAGGGAAAUGAUCUCUACCAUGAGAUGAUCGAGUCUGGUGUCAUCAACCUGAAGGACACCACCUCAAAGGUGGCGCUGGUGUACGGACAGAUGAAUGAGCCCCCAGGCGCCCGUGCCCGUGUGGCUUUGACUGGGCUGACCGUUGCCGAAUAUUUCCGUGACCAGGAGGGACAGGAUGUGCUUCUGUUCAUCGACAACAUUUUCCGCUUCACUCAGGCUGGAUCAGAGGUGUCUGCCCUGUUGGGUCGUAUCCCCUCUGCUGUGGGUUAUCAGCCCACACUGGCCACUGACAUGGGUACCAUGCAGGAGAGAAUUACGACAACCAAGAAGGGUUCGAUCACAUCUGUGCAGGCUAUCUAUGUGCCUGCUGAUGACUUGACUGAUCCUGCUCCCGCUACCACUUUCGCUCACUUGGACGCCACCACUGUGUUGUCUCGUGCUAUUGCUGAGCUGGGUAUCUACCCCGCUGUGGAUCCUUUGGAUUCCACCUCCCGUAUCAUGGACCCCAACAUUGUCGGAUCUGAGCAUUAUGACAUAGCCCGUGGUGUGCAGAAGAUUCUCCAGGACUACAAGUCCCUGCAGGAUAUCAUUGCUAUUCUGGGUAUGGAUGAGUUGUCUGAGGAGGACAAGCUGACCGUGGCUCGUGCCCGUAAAAUCCAGAGGUUCCUGUCCCAGCCCUUCCAGGUUGCUGAGGUCUUCACUGGACACUUGGGCAAACUUGUGCCCCUGAAAGAGACCAUCAAAGGCUUCAAGGCUAUUCUUUGUGGCGAGUAUGAUGCACUUCCUGAACAGGCCUUCUACAUGGUGGGGCCAAUUGAGGAGGUCGUCCUGAAGGCAGAGAAACUGGCUGAGGAACAUUCGUAAAUAAGUCACUUUUAAAUGUCUUGGGGGUGGGCUGAAUGGAAAGGAGGAGCACUUGGUUUGUAACGUCACAUUCAAAAUGCAAUUGUAUCUUUAUCAAUGGUCAUCCUGAAAGUUCUAUUUAAUGUUUCCAAUUAAUCAAGAUGGAAAUAAAACUGUCUUGCCGUGAA